CGGGCGGUGUUGGCGGGUGCUGGGCGCGCCAUGGGGCUGCUGCGGGCGCUGGCGCGGGGUUUUGCGCGCGGCGCGGACCGCGUGUCGCCGUUCACGAGCAAGCGCGGGCCCCGCUCGCACUACAAGGGCCGCGGCGCGCGGCGGCCCGGGGUGCUCAGCGCCGGCAAGAAGUUCCUCCGCAUCGCGCAGAUGGUGCCGCAGUUCGUCGUCCCCGACCUCGCCGGCUUCAAGCUCAAGCCGUACGUGUCGUACCGCGCCCCCGAGGGCUCCGAGCCGCCCGUCACGGCCAAGCAGCUCUUCACCGCCGUGGUGGCUCCGCGCAUCGAGAAGGACGUGAAGAACGGCACCUUCGACCCCGAUAACCUGGAGAAGUACGGCUUCGAGCCCACGCAGGAGGGCAAGCUCUUCCAGCUCUUCCCCAAGAACUACAUGCGGUAGGCGGGAGCGGCGCCCCCGGCGAGGCACGACCCGCACCGGCACCAGGACGGGGCGGCUCCGGACACCGACCAUUAAAGCAAACCCACCCUCCUC